AUGCUUGCUUCUGCGGACAUAGCACCACAUCCCAGUCCAAGUCAGACCAGUGCCGGAUGCCUUGGGGGAUUCCUGGCGCUGUCAGCUCAGCCAACUUUGAUGCGCUCUGCCAGGCAGUCAGAUUAUCGAGGCCAGGGCGUGGGGAACUGGUCGUCCAACGACAUCAGCGGCCGCUUGACCGAGGUCGACAGUUGGGAGCUACUGCUCUUGGGAAUCCAUGAUUGGAGAGAGCUGGGAGCGGAUUUUAGCAACCAACAACACAUCACUCAGAGCCACGAGACUAGCAGAUUCCUGCCACGCGACUCUGCGAGGCAAUUUAGCCCUGCAGUCUUUGCGGACUUGUGCCGAGCGACAAAGGGACAUCCUCUUGCACUUGACAGCAAGCCGGCUUCCUUGGAUGCCGGCCCACCGCCAGACCUUCUUCCACUCCUACAAGCAGGCUACGGCCCUACCCUCGUGCUCAAGGUCGUCUUAUUGGCCGCAUUGGCCUUGUUGUUGAUGGCAGUCGCACCGGGACACGCGCAGAUCGGGCCAAGUACGCUUGGGAACGUUGGUCCAGUGGACUGGGGCGAUGCCAUCACUACCACCUCCUGCAGGCUGACUGACAAGAGUCGGAUCGGCAAUGGAGGAGGACUGCCUGCCCAAACCUUCCGUGGCCUCGCAGCCUUGGGCCUCCUGGCCUCACUGCUGCAACAUGUCUCUGCUUCUCCCAUCUCGCCCAAGGGCAGUUUCCACGACAAGAGAGCCAUAACUGCAGCUUUUAACGGGGAGACUUAUGACUUCCCUGACCCUUCAUUGGAACAAGCAUGGCCAUCUGAUGGCGGAAAGUGGUAUGCAUUUGCCACUAAUGGUAACGGCUACAACAUUCAAGUGGCCGUGGCGGACACACCAGAUGGGCCAUGGACUGUUCUCGACCAUGAUGCUCUGCCGAACAGUGGCUCCUGGACUACGGGAUCGAACAACUGGGCACCCGAUGUCAAACGGAUGCCCCCCGAGGAAGAUCAUAAGUAUAUCAUGACCUACUCGGGUGCACUGGCGAGCAACCAGCCUUUCCAUUGUGUUGGUGUCGCCACGUCAAACAAAAUUGAGGGUCCCUACACGCCGCAGGGUGGUCCUGCAAUUUGUCCCGACAUCGCAAGUACUGGAGGUGCUAUCGACUCUUCGUCGUUCUACGACCAAUGGAACAACAAGCGUUAUAUCGUCUACAAAGAGGACGGUAACAGCGUCGGCAAUGGCGGUGACUGUAACAACGGGGUCGCCCCCAUCCACACCACGCCCAUUAUGCUCCAAGAAAUGAACGUGAAUGACUGGACGACCCCUGUCGGAGGGCCGGUCCAAAUCCUGGACCGGAUCGAUGACGACGGCCCGCUAGUUGAGGCUCCGCAGAUCAUCGGCACCCCUGACGGGACUUACGUCCUAUUUUAUUCCAGCCACUGCUUCACGGACCCGAAGUAUGACGUGAAGUACGCCACGUCCAGCAGCAUCGCCGGCCCGUACCAGCGAAAAGGCCAGCUCCUGGCAUCCGGCGCCUACGGCCUCCAGUCCCCCGGCGGAGCCACGGCUACGCCGCAGGGGAACACCCUGCUCUUCCAUGCCAACUGUCCGGCUCCCAACCCUAACUCGCUGCGAUGCUUGCACACGAUCGAUAUGAGUAUUUCUGGCGGCGUCGUUACCUUGAAUGGUUGA